AGGCGCGGUCGCGCGGCCAUGACGAGACGAAGCUCCCGGGGCAAAGGGAGGGGUUUGCUGCCGGCGGCGGGGUCUGGUCUCGGCCGGGCCCGCCCCUCCCCGGCGCAGGGCCGUCAUUCCGGGCAACGGCUGCGGCUCCUCUUCCAUGACCUGGCGCCGCUUUCUCUGCAGGGCGUUAUCAGCAAUGGUGGGACCAAGGCCGGUCGUCCUGAGCGGACCUUCAGGCGCGGGGAAGAGUACGUUGCUGAAAAAGCUGUUGAAGGACUACGAGAACGUCUUUGGCUUCAGCGUGUCCCAUACCACAAGGAAACCGAGACCUGGUGAGGUGAAUGGGAAAGAUUACCAUUUUGUGACCAGAGAAAAGAUGCAGGAGGAAAUUGAUGCCGGAGGAUUUGUUGAACAUGCAGAGUUUUCCGGGAACAUGUAUGGAACAAGCAAAGCCGCUGUCCAGGCCGUCCAGGCCCAGAACCAGAUCUGCAUCUUGGACAUCGACAUGCAGGGCGUGAAGAGCAUGAAGAAGACGGACCUCAACCCCAUCUACGUUUCCAUCCAGCCGCCGUCCAUCGAAACCUUGGAAAAAAGGCUACGAGACAGGCAGACAGAAACGGAGGAGAGCCUUCUGAAGCGGCUAGAUGCAGCUCGUGUAGACCUGGAACUUAGUAAAGAGCCUGGCCUUUUCGAUUUGAUCAUCGUUAACGACGAUUUAGACAUGGCGUAUUGCGAACUGAGGGAGAUUCUCGCUGAGGAAAUCCAGAAGGCGCAAGGAUCCACGAAGUCCUGAGCGGCCACGGCGUAGAUGCUUGAACCUUGUAGACCAUUCCUGACGUCUUUUGCUGCUUGUUAAUCCGCGCAUGAGAGAAACGGACCCACAUUCCUUUUUAACCUCAUUUCCCCUCUGCCCGCACGUGGGGCACUUUCUAUUAAAGAAGAAAAUACCUAACCUA